AUGGGCGCUCACUUAGUUUAUGAUAUUUCAGAACAUGCAACAUUCGAAAAUUUAGACAGGUGGGUCAGCGAGUUCAGGUCAAUUGCUCAGCCAGAUUUAGCAAUAAUUUUGAUUGGAAAUAAGUGUGAUAUGGCCUAUGCUAGAGAAGUGGCUCAAGAUGAAGCUAUUAGGCACGCCGAACGACUAAAAAUCCCAUUUUUUGAAACAAGUGCUUUGGACUGCACCAAUGUAGAAGUGGUGUUUAUGGAGCUGCUUACUACUAUUGCAAGGCGAACUUAUGCAAGUUUUGUUACUAAAUUAGCUGAUAAAGUAGAUAUUUCAAAGAUUAAUACGAUUAAGUUAGUAACUGGGAAGAAAAAGAAGAAAGGAUGCUAUAAGGGUUGAUUAAAUCAUUAA